AAAUGCAACCACAAAUAUCCUAGUGCGCAGAAGGCAAACGGCGUCGUUUUUUGCCAUUCCCGCCGUCGCUCCGAGCAUUUUUUUUCGUUAGUUUAUGGAACUUCAGGCGAUUCAGACCUAUAACUUCUAACGCCGGUACGAAUGUACUGUUAUACUAGCGCUUCGAACAUGAAUUCUCCGGCCAGUCUCCGCCGUACAGUCACAAUUCCCGCCCUCCAAAGCCUUAAACCCUCAAAGCGGCGGCUGUUAUCAAACGUAACGCUACCGUCGCGCUUAUCCAACCGGAGCUGCUCUGAGUUCUUGACUGUAAACAGUAUUCUUAGACGCGAAUUCUCGACUCGGAAUCUCCGAUUGACCGCAAUUAAAGCUUCGUCGAACGAUGCUCGGUCGGUUGCUGGCGGUUCGUUCAGAGACAGAGGGGGAGUGCGAGAGCCCAGCUUCGCAGAGUUCAUUACUUCGGAGAGAGUGAAAGUGGUGGCUAUGUUAGCCUUGGCUUUGGCUUUAUGUAACGCCGACCGUGUCGUAAUGUCGGUGGCGAUCGUUCCUUUAUCGGCCUCUCAUGGCUGGCGUCAAUCGUUCGCUGGCGUUGUUCAGUCAUCUUUUCUCUGGGGUUACCUGAUAUCGCCAAUAGCUGGAGGGACUCUGGUGGAUUAUUUUGGUGGCAAGGUAGUCAUGACAUGGGGUGUGAUUCUCUGGUCUUUAGCAACUUUUCUAACCCCUUGGGCAGUGGAGGUUUCCUUGUGGGCACUGCUUUCCACGCGGAUGUUGCUUGGCAUAGCAGAAGGUGUAGCUCUUCCCUGCAUGAACAAUAUGAUCGUCAGAUGGUUUCCUCAGACAGAACGAUCAAGGGCUGUAGGGAUGGCAAUGGCUGGAUUUCAGCUUGGAAGUGCUAUUGGGCUCACACUUUCUCCAAUUCUUAUGUCACAGGGUGGUUUAUUUGGACCAUUUGUCAUAUUUGGUUUAUCUGGGUUUCUUUGGGUUCUAGUGUGGGUGUCUGCAACCUCCAGUACUCCUGAGCGGAGCCGUCAAAUAUCAUUAAAUGAACUGCGUUACAUACAAAACAAGGGACUUAGCCAUUCUGCUGUUGACAGUAAAAUGAAAACAGCCAAAGUGAUCCCACCUUUCAGACGCUUGCUCUCUAAGCUACCAACAUGGUCUCUAAUUGUGGCAAAUUCCAUGCAUAGUUGGGGCUUCUUUGUAAUACUAUCAUGGAUGCCAAUUUACUUCAAGACUAUAUACCGUGUUGAUCUCAGACAUGCAGCAUGGUUUAGUGCUGUUCCAUGGAGUAUGAUGGCAUUAAUGGGCUACGUUGCUGGUGUUUUGUCUGACCGGAUGAUCGAAAGCGGUACAAGUGUUACACUAACCCGCAAAGUCAUGCAAUCAAUUGGUUUCUUUGGACCUGGGAUUGCUCUCAUUGGUUUAACUAUGGCUCGAACUCCAUUGAUAGCAUCAGCUUGGCUUACUUUAGCUGUUGGGUUGAAAGCAUUCAGUCACGCUGGCUUCCUUGUAAACCUUCAGGAAAUUGCCCCACAGUAUUCAGGUGUUCUGCAUGGCAUUUCAAACACUGCGGGUACACUUGCAGCCAUCAUUGGAACUGUUGGUGCUGGCUUCUUCGUCGACUUAGUUGGUUCCUUCCAGGGAUUUUUGUUGCUUACAGCAUUUCUGUAUUUCUGUGCUGCUCUCUUCUAUAACAUCUUUUCUACAGGAGAGAGGGUUAGCUUCGAUGAAACUACUUAGGUCCCCCUCAAAGGUUGUCAAAUACUUCAGUCGUAGAGUAAAAUGGGGCUGUAGACAUUAGGAGCAUUUUUCACCAUGGGAAAGCUGUGCUGGUAAAUAUCAACUUUUUCCAUGAAAUGUUGACAUCAAACUGUGUAAAUUUGUGAAUCCUUGUUGCUCUCAUACUAUAAGAAGUUGUUCACUUGUUCCUAGUACUACUAUCUCCUUGCACUCCAA